CAAGCCUCUCUGGCUGAAAAUAGUCAAGAAAAGACUUCUCAGCUCAAGAUUCAUUGGAUGGCAUCACCCAGCAACGACUCCACAGCUCCAGUCUCUGAAUUUCUCCUCAUCUGCUUCCCCAGCUACCAGAGUUGGCAGCACUGGCUGUCCCUGUCCCUCAGCCUCCUCUUCAUUCUGGCCAUGGGGGCCAGCGCCACCCUCCUGAUCACCAUCCAGCUGGAGGCCUCUCUGCACGAGCCCAUGUACUACCUGCUCAGCCUGCCCUCCCUCCUGGGCAUGGUGCUCUGCCUCACUGCCAUCCCCAAGGUCCUGGCCAUCUUCUGGUUUGACCUCAGGUCCAUCAGCUUCUCCGCCUGUUUCCUCCAGAUGUUCAUCAUGAAUAAUUUCCUCGCCAUGGAGUCCUGCACACUCAUAGUCAUGGCCUAUGACCGCUAUGUGGCCAUCUGCCAUCCACUGAGAUACCCAUCCAUCAUCACUAACCACUUUGUGGCCGAGGCUAGUGUCUUCGUUGUCAUACGAAAUGCCCUUCUCACUGUACCCAUUCCCAUUCUCUCUGCCUAGCUCCUCUACUGUGGGAAAAAUGUCAUUGUGAACUGCAUCUGCGCCAACCUGUGCCAGCUCUCCUGUGACAAUUUCACCCUGAACAGAAUCUACCAAUCUGUAGCUGGUUGGACCUUACGCUCAGAUUUCAUCCUCAUCUUCAUCUCCUACAUCUUCAUCCUAAGAGCUGUGCUCAAGUUCAAGGCUGAGGGGGCUGCAGUCAAGGCUCUGAGCAUGUGUGGCUCCCACUCCCUCCUCAUCCUCUUCUUCAGCACCAUCCUGCUGGUUGUGAUGUUGACAGAUGUGGCCAGAAAGAGCAUCCCCGUGGACGCCCUGAUUCUGCUCAAUGUUCUUCACCACUUCAUAUCCCUUGCCUUGAACCCUAUUGUAUAUGGGGUUCAAACCAAAGAGAUUAAAAAAGGAAUUCAGAAAUUGCUGCAGAGAGGGAUGUGAAUAUGUAGAAUAGAUUUCUAAUUCUCUCUCCCCUUCCUUCUCAGUGAUUUUGCCCAGACGUGAGCUAGAGAAAAGCCUGACCCAGGUUUCUUCCUUUAUUCUUACCUAUUUCAGGAUGGGGUAGGCAAGAGGAAGAAACUCAUUUUUCUUGAGUAAUUGUUUUGAGCCUGGGCAAUUAUAGUGAAGUAAAUUAAUCUUCACAACAUUCUUGUAGGUACUAUUACUUCUAUUUUACAUAGCAGAAAAAAUAUAAUUUUAAGAGAACAAACUGCUGGAGAUCAUAUAUCUGGGAAGUGAUAGAGCAGAGAUUAAAAUCUAGGCUCUACAGCCUGGUGUCUUUCUAGAGAAAUGCCCCUUCUUGUGCAAUUGAAGCUGGAGACCAGGCCUCUACCCUACUCUCCUUUGCCUGUGUUUUGUCCUUCUGGAUGUCCAUAGGUGUUUCCUGCUUGUACCUACUAUUUUGAGAGCCAGGGGGUUCUCAGAGAAGGCAGAGUCCUGUCUGACAAAGCAUCUGCAGGACCAAAGGGAAAGAGCACUCAUAAUAAUAUAAAGCAAUGCCAGCCUCCUACUAUGUCCUACGCAGCCUCACAACCUUCAGGGAGUCUAGAGAAUGAGGAUACAGGUUGAGAGAGGGGUAUGGAGGGGGGGAUACCAAUGGGGUAAAAAUUGGGAAGUCAGGUCAGUGUGUUGACCACUUCUCCACGUGUUUAAGCUGCACAUGCAGUGAACUGAAAGUCAAGUCUUACUUGUUGACUCUUCCCAAGAGCUCUAGUUGAAGGUGGGAAGACACAGCACAGUGUCAGGUUUCUGGGUAACAGCGGGUCCAGUCAGGAGAAAAUAAAUCCCACUGGCUAUUUUAAUUUUUUAAAAUUUAUUUAUUUUUUAUUUAUUUAUUUUUUUUGUGGUACGCAGGCCUCUCACUGUUGUGGCCUCUCCCUU